CCAAAUAAAUUACCCUUUUUCCUUUUAACCCCACAAAAAACUUCAUUUUUUACAUUUUCUGACACUUCUUUUAAGCUAAAAAUUCAAUCUUUUUCCCUUUAAUCUCAUUCUUUAUUUCUCAAAAAUAGCUAAAAUUCAUCUUUUUUUCUCUUUUAAUCCUCUUAUAUAUUUCUGUUUAGCUGGUAAGAUUUCAAAAAUAUUUAAGCUUCAUUUUUUUUUCUUUGGUUCUAGUUUUUCUUAGUCUGUUUUUAGCCCCAUUUAUUUUUUCUAAUACUGUUGUGAUUAAAGAUAUUUUGUAUUUGGUAAAAAGGUGAAACUUUAUGUUAUUUUAUUAGUUUUUUUUUUUUUUAAGAUUUUUGAGUUAUUUUUGCUGUUUUUACUAUAAGAAAAUCAUGGGUUUUUGAGUACAAGGUGAAAAUAAUUUAUUAUUUUUUGAAGAUUCUUGGACUUUUUUUUGCUGUUUUCACUGUAGCAAAAUGAUGGGUUUUUGAGUAAAAGCUGAAAGUAAUAUAUUGUUAAUUUUCUGUUUUUUUUUUGAAAAUUUUUGGAGUGUUUUUUUUGCUGUAUAGAAAAAAUGUUGGAUUUUUGAGUAACAAGGAGGAAACAAUAUUUUUUUGUUAAUUUUCUAAUAUUUUUGAAGAUUCUUGGAGUUAUUUGUGCUGUUUUCACUUUAGGAAAAUGAUGGGUUUUUGAGUAAAAGGUGAAAGAAUUUUUUCUUCUUAGUAUUUUCUUGGUGGAUUUUUUUUUUUUUUUUUUUUUUUUUAAGGUUCUGGGAGUGAUUUUUGCUGUUUUCGCUUAGCAAAAUGAUGGGUUUUUGAGUAAAAGGUUAAAAAAAAUUCUUUUUUAUUUUGAGUGAUCAUCUUGGUGAUUUUUUUUUUUUUUUUGGGUUGUGGAGGGAAGAGAAAAUAUGAGUAAUAUGAGUGGAGGAGUAACAGUAGUGGGAUCAGAUGUACCAUCAGAUUACCAUGUAGCACCUAGGACUACAAACACUGAAUCAAAUCCCACACCUCAAAUAAUGGGAGUUGUUUCACCACCAACUGGUGUUGAUGGUGUAGCAAUGUUGGCUGUAGUGAAGAAGAAGAGGGGUAGACCAAGAAAGUAUGGACCAGAUGGAGCUCUUUCACCUAAGCCUAUAUCGUCAGCGGGCCCACCGGUGGGCCCGGUGAUUGAUUUCUCGGCGGAGAAACGGGGGAAAAUCCGGCCGGUUGGGUUGGUUAGUAAACCACAUAUGCCUAAGUUGGAUGUUGAAAAUUCAGGUGAAUGGGUCUCAUGCUCUGUUGGUGCUAAUUUUACACCCCAUAUAAUCACCGUUAAUACUGGAGAGGAUGUCACGAUGAAGAUUAUUUCAUUUUCUCAACAAGGGCCUCGAGCAAUAUGCAUUCUCUCAGCAAACGGUGUAAUUUCAAGCGUUACGCUACGUCAACCUGACUCUUCUGGUGGCACAUUGACAUAUGAGGGCCGGUUUGAGAUACUGUCACUGACUGGAUCAUUUAUGCCAUCAGAGACGGGAGGGAUGAGAAACAGAUCUGGCGGAAUGAGCGUUUCUCUAGCAAGCCCUAAUGGACGUGUUGUUGGAGGAGGAGUUGCUGGUCUACUAGUUGCUGCCGGUCCUGUGCUGAUUGUUGUGGGAAGCUUCCUUGCUGGAAAUCAACAUGAACAAAAGACCAAGAAAAACAAAUUGGAGCCAAUAACAGCUGCUGUUGUUCCUCUAACUAGUACAGAAUUUGAAGACCAUUAUAAUAAUCACUCUUCCGCAAAACCAACUAUGCCUGCUUCCUCGAUUAACUGGUCAUUAUCGGUGGCACCCGAGUCAAGAAGCAAGCCGACUGACAUCAACGUAACGCUGCCUGCAUAGGAGGGUAGAUCGUCCGGUUCCUAUUUGAUCCUUAAUUCUCACAUCCAUUUGUGGUUAACUUGUUUGUCAACCUUUGUGCUGGGCAUGCCAUAUUCCGGUUGAGGUCUGUGUAGUAAUUCGAACUAGUUUUCGUCGUAGGUUUUUUUCUCUUUCGGUCGUUCGUUGUAGGAUUUAACUUGAUGUAUAAUUGGUCUCAGCAAUGAAUUUCAUCUUAGUUAAGGCUUUA